UGAAGAGCCUGUGAGCCACAAUUAAAGAUAACGAGUGCCACAACUAAGACCCAACGCAGCCAAAAAUAAUAAAUAAAUUAAUUAAUUAAUAAAAGAGUGGGGGAACCAAUUUUUUUUAAAAAAAGAACCCAGUGAUAAAGAAGAAGAAGAAGAAAUGUGAAUUGUCAGGGAAUAAAAUCCUUUAAAUUUCUUUCUAUUUUAAUAAAAUAGUAGUAGCAGCAGCAGCAGCAGCAAGUAGCAUUUAUGAAAAUCUCCCUCCAGGCUAGAAACUAUGCUAUGAGCUCUGUUUGUAUAAUUUUAUAUAGAUUCUAAAUUGUGUGCUGUCUUCCCUGUCUUUUCUGCAGUGUCUUGAAGCAGAGUCAGGAUGUGGACCUCUCCUUCCUACAGCAACCAGUGGGAUCUGAUCUCUUUAAUGGUACAAAAAGAGGAACAUUGUUUCUCACUUCAUACCGGGUGAUCUUCGUGACUUCACACUUAGUCAAUGACCCCAUGCUUUCUUUUAUGAUGCCAUUUGGUCUGAUGAGUAAUUGCACCAUUCAACAACCAAUCUUUGCCCCCAACUACAUUAAAGGAACCAUUCAGGCAGCUCCGGAUGGUGGCUGGGAAGGACAGGCUAUUUUUAAAUUAUCCUUCAGAAAAGGAGGUGCCAUUGAAUUUGCCCAGCUGAUGAUGAAAGCUGCCUCUGCUGCUGCCAGAGGAAUUCCACUUGGAAGUGUAAAUUACUGGUUCGGCACUUCAGGACUCUAUAUAACUACUGCACCAGGGGGCAUGAUGUGCACCCACCAGACGCCUUGUCCAGCAUACCCAGUUGUGGUCUACAGACCCCCACCACCAGGAUACAGAGCCCCACCAGCAGGAUAUGGAGCAUCAUCUGCAGGAUAUGGAGCCCCACCAGCUGGAAAUGAAGCCCCAUCUCCAGCAUAUGAAGCUCCACCUGCUGAAAAUAGAGCUGCCUCUCACAAAUCUGUGGCAGCCCAGCCAGAGGCUUCUCUUCCAUCUACCUCAUCUUCUGGGCCUCAUUUACCACCUUCUAAGAAAUAAACAUUGAAGACUCACCAAGCAAAGGGCACCCUAAAACUGAAGUGACAAUAAGAAGGAUGACUCAGGUAUGUGGUUAAAGGCCUGUCUCAGAUAGUUGUCACACCCUUUAGAAAGGCAACCUUAGAGGAAAGAUGAAACUUUACUUCCAUGCCUAUAUUUUAGAGGCAGAAUCAACUCUUGAUUAGAUGGGCUAAAGGAGAAGUAGAAUUGUAGAGCUAAUUCUCUAAUAAUUUGGUGUACAUUGGGCUGCAUUUUUUUUAACACGCCUUGAGUGAGUGUGGAAAAAAUGUCCUGCAUAUUCCCCUCCCUCAUUCAAGAAACAUUUAUUAUGCUCAUUUUGCUAGGAACUAAGAUAUAUAUUUAAAAAUAUCAAAUUGAACACUUUGUUGUUUUUCAUAGCAUUAUUUAUAUUAGUGAAAGGAUGGAACAACUUAGAUUUUCAAUAGUGAGAGAGAAUUUCACAAAUUAUGGUAUAUCCAUCCAAUGAAAUAUUAUGCAGCCAUUGAAAAUGAUAUCUAGAGGUAGGGGAAGCCUUCUAUAAGAAGACCAAAAACAAUGAAGAAAUAAAGGAAAACAGUGAUAAAUUUGACUAUAACAAAAUUUGAAACUUCUGUAUGACCAAAGUUAAAAGAUAGCCAAGAAGGGCUUCCCUGGUGGCGCGGUGGUUGAGAG